AUGGCAAUUAUCAAGAGAGGUGCUCGUAACAAGACCGCUCAAGAGCCGGCAAAGAGGUCAGCCAAGAUCAAGAAGGCAACAUAUGAUUCAGGAAAGAAGAAGGAAGUUGGUGUUUCUGAUCUUACAUUAUUGAGUACUAUUUCUGAUGAGGCUAUCAACGAAAAUUUGAAGAAAAGGUUCACCAAUGGUACUAUUUACACAUAUAUUGGACAUGUGCUUAUUAGUGUCAACCCUUUCCGUGAUUUAGGUAUUUAUACCGAUGCAGUUUUAGAAUCAUACAAGGGUAAGAAUAGAUUGGAGGUGCCACCACAUGUUUUUGCCAUUGCUGAGUCUAUGUAUUAUAAUUUGAAAGCAUAUAAUGAAAAUCAAUGUGUUAUUAUUUCAGGUGAAUCGGGUGCUGGUAAAACUGAAGCAGCAAAGAGAAUUAUGCAAUAUAUUGCAUCCGCCUCAGAAUCCAAUUCUGAAUCAAUUGGUAAAAUCAAAGAUAUGGUGUUGGCAACCAAUCCAUUGUUAGAAUCGUUUGGUUGUGCAAAGACUUUAAGAAAUAAUAACUCUUCAAGACAUGGUAAAUAUUUAGAAAUUAGAUUUAAUAAUCAGUUUGAACCUUGUGCUGGUAACAUUACAAAUUAUUUGUUAGAAAAACAGAGAGUUGUCAGUCAGAUUAAGGAAGAAAGAAAUUUCCAUAUUUUCUAUCAAUUCACUAAAGGUGCAUCCGAAAAUUACAGACAGACUUUUGGUGUUCAAAAACCUGAACAAUAUAUAUAUACCUCAGCAGCUGGUUGUACCUCUGUAGACACUAUUGAUGAUGUUAAGGACUAUGAAGAUACUUUGAAAGCUAUGCAAGUGAUAGGUUUGAGUCAAGAUGAACAAGAUCAGAUUUUCAGAAUGUUAUCUUCCAUUUUAUGGGUUGGUAAUAUUUCAUUUGUUGAAAAUGAAGAAGGUAACGCUCAAGUUAGAGAUACUUCUGUUACUGAUUUUGUCGCAUAUUUAUUACAAAUCGAUUCUCAAGUUUUAAUGAAAGCUCUAGUAGAGAGAACUAUGGAAACAAGCCACGGUAUGAGAAGAGGUUCUGUCUAUCACGUCCCCUUAAAUAUCGUACAGGCUACAGCUGUUAGAGACGCCUUAGCUAAGGCUAUUUAUAACAAUAUGUUCGAUUGGAUUGUCGAAAGAGUUAAUAUUUCCUUACAGGCUUACCCUGGUGCAGACAAAUCCAUUGGUAUUCUGGAUAUUUAUGGUUUUGAAAUUUUCGAACAUAACUCAUUCGAACAAAUUUGUAUUAAUUACGUUAAUGAAAAAUUACAACAAAUCUUCAUUCAAUUGACUCUAAAAUCAGAACAAGAAACAUACGAAAGAGAGCAAAUUCAAUGGACACCAAUCAAGUUUUUUGAUAACAAGAUUGUCUGUGAUUUAAUCGAAUCCAGAAGACCACCUGGCAUUUUUGCUGCCAUGAAUGAUUCUGUUGCUACCGCUCAUGCCGAUUCUGAUGCAGCUGAUCAAGCAUUUUCUCAACGUUUGAACUUGUUUUCCACUAAUCCUCACUUUGCUCUAAGAUCAAACAAGUUCGUUAUUAAACAUUAUGCUGGUGAUGUCACGUAUGAUGUCAAUGGUAUUACUGAUAAGAACAAAGACCAAUUACAAAGAGAUUUAGUAGAAUUGAUUGCUACAUCUUCCAAUGCGUUCCUGCGUACAAUUUUCCCAGAUAAUGUUGAUAAGGAUUCUAAGAGAAGACCUCCUACAGCUGGUGAUAAAAUCAUUAAAAGUGCAAACGAAUUGGUUGAAACUUUGUCAAAAGCUCAACCAUCCUAUAUUAGAACAAUUAAACCAAAUCAAACUAAGUCACCAAAUGAUUAUGAUGAUCAACAAGUUUUACAUCAAGUUAAAUAUUUAGGUUUGAAGGAAAAUGUCCGUAUUAGAAGAGCUGGUUUUGCUUAUAGACAAGUUUUUGAUAAGUUUGUCGAAAGAUUCUAUCUAUUGUCUCCAAGUUGUUCUUAUGCUGGUGAUUAUACAUGGCAAGGUGAGACUUUAGAGGCAGUUAAAUUAAUUUUAAAGGAAGCCUCUAUACCCGAAAAAGAAUAUCAAGUCGGUGUUAGUCAAGUUUUUAUUAAGACUCCAGAAACCUUAUUUGCCCUGGAACAUAUGAGAGACAAGUAUUGGUAUAAUAUGGCGGCUAGAAUUCAACGUGCUUGGAGAAGAUUUUUGCAAAGAAGAAUCGAUUCAGCUACUAGAAUUCAACGUGCAAUUAGGGAAAAGAAAGGUGGUAACAAGUACGAAAAAUUACGUGAUGAAGGGUCAAAAAUAUUGGCAGCCAGAAAAGAAAGAAGAACAAUGUCUUUAUUGGGUUUCAGAGCAUUUAUGGGUGAUUAUUUGUUAUGUAAUGAGCGUAAAUCUAGAGGUGCAUAUAUCAAGAAACAAGCAGGAAUUUCAGACAAAGUUGUAUUUUCUAUCAAAGGUGAACAGCUUCAAUCCAAAUUUGGUAGAUCUUCCGUAAGAGUGAAAAAGGUACUCAUCUUAACCCACAGUCAUCUAUAUAUUAUUGGUCAAAGUAUGGUUCAAAAUUCUGUACAAUAUACCACAGAAUAUAAGAUAGAUGUUAACAAAAUAGCAGGAGUCAGUAUGACUAAUUUACAAGACGAUUGGGUUGCAAUUAAUUUAUCAAACUCUACCCAACCUGAUCCAUUAUUACACACAUUCUUCAAGACUGAAUUGGUCACACAGUUAAAGAAAUUAAAUGGCAGAAUACAGGUAAAAAUUGGAACAGUCAUUGAAUAUCAAAAGAAGCCUGGUAAGAUGCACAAGGUCAAAUCUCAAGUUUCUGAAGCAACUCCAAAGUACAAUGAUAACUAUAAAUCAGGUACCAUUUUAGUUCGUCGUGGUCAUCCAGCAAACUCUCCACAAAAGAAAAAGCCAAAGAAGGGUAAAGGACAUUCAAAACAUCAUAGUACAUCUACAUCAGCUCCUAGAAGUUCUGUACAAAGCUCUCAACCAAGUGCUCCAGUUUCAAGGAAAACAAAGAAACCAGCACCACCUCCACCAGGAUCGAAGAAGUUGUCAUCAUCUGUAGCCCAAACUGCAUCACGUCCACAGCCAGUUGCCAACUCUGCUCGUGGAGCUGCACAACCACAAGCAACUCCGCAGCCAGCUCAAGUGACGCAACCACAGCAAAAGAAGGUUGCACCACCACCACCACCUCCACCUCCAAUGCAAUCGUCAGAACCCAAAUAUGAAGCUGCAUACGACUUCCCAGGUUCUGGUUCUCCUUCAGAAUUACCUCUAAAGAAAGGUGAAGUUGUCUACAUUACAAGAGAAGAACCAAGCGGUUGGUCCCUGGCCAAAACUUUGGAUGGCUCAAGAGAAGGUUGGGUUCCAACGAACUAUGUGGUUAAACACCAAGGAGGUUCUGUACCACCUCCACCACCGGCACCUGCUGCUGUACAAGCUACUCAAGCUGCUAAUGUUACAAGCACACCAGUUUCAUCUAGCCAAUCUGAAACUGCAACAACAGCAACACCUGCAUCAGUAGCAGCUGCUCAACCAAAUUUCAGUGAUGGUCUAGCAUCUGCUUUAGCUGCUAGAGCAAACAAAAUGAGAGUCGAAAGUGACGGUGAGGAUAACGGUAACGAUGAUGAUGAUGAUGACGAUUGGUAA